AUGAGUUUCUUUAGAUCCAAAUAGAUGAAAUUAUAUAGUUUAGUUAUUCCAAGAGAGAGUGCUUGGGUAGUUAUGGAUCAAUUGGGAAGAUUAGGAUAGUUACAUAUGAUAGAUUAUGAUCCUUUAUUACCAAUGAUGAAUAGACCAUUUGCUAAUUAUGUUAAAAGGUAUUCAAAAUAUCUAUUUUUAUAGAUGUGAUGAAUCAUUAUUCAAAUUAAAUGGACUUGAUGCACUUCUUAAACAAUUCAAAAAAAAACUAAUAUAUUGUGAAGAUACUCAAAAAUUACUUGAUUAUUUUAGAGAUAUAUAGAAUUCAAGGUAAAAACCUGGACAUACAUUAUUUGAUGAAUUAGAAUAAGAAAUUGAGAAGAAAAAAAAUAAUAUUUAAGAAAUGUCAAAUAAUUUGUAGAAUUUAUUAGAUAGAGUAGAUUCAAUUACAGAAUAAAAAUUAGUAUUAGAAAAAGCAAAAGAAAUUUUAGGAAAAUCAAUGUUUUCAUAGUAAAUUGUAAUGUAUAACUUAGAUCAACUCCUCAUAAUGUAAAUGAUUAUUAAUAAUUAAAAUUUGGAUAAUUAAUUGGUGUUAUUGAUAAAGAAGAUGAAACAAGAUUUAAAAGAAUAAUGUUUAGAAUUACAAAAGGUAAUGCAUGGGUUAAUAUUGUGGAUCUUUUGCCUGAAAAAUAACACCUUUAAAUAAAAACAUCAAUUGAUCUUAAUAGAGUAAUUGUUCUUCUUUAAAAAAGGCAUCAUAACCUAGAUGUUUAUAUGUUGUUGUUUAUCCUGGAAUGAAUGAUUAGAGUACUUUAAAAUAGAAAUUACUAAAAGUUUGCGAUUCAUUUUCAAAAAACAGAAUUGAAUAUCCAAAUUCAUAAGAAACUAUGGAUAAUAAAUUAAGAGAAUUAUCUAUUCAGAUAAAUGAGGCAUAACAUUUAAUAUAAAUGACCAAAAAAUAAUUAGAAGUUACUUUAGAUGAAUUAGUUAAAGAGAAGAAUGGAUGUAAUUGCUCUUAUUUUGAAUAAUUAAGAUUAUAUGUUUUAAAAGAGAAAUAUCUCUAUGUUAAUUUAAAUUACUUAACAAUGUAAGGUUCAAUAUUUACUGGAAACUUUUGGUUACCUGAAGGACUUGAAACUUUAGUAGAAGAUAAAUUAAGAAAUGCUAUGUAGAAUAGUAUAGAAAGAUUUCCAACUGGAUAAAUUUAAGAGAUUAAACCAAAACAAGGAGAAUUAGCACCUACUUAUUUUAAUCUUAAUGAAGUAACUAUGCCUUUUUAAGAAAUUGUAAAUACAUAUGGAGUACCAAGAUAUUAAGAAGUUAAUCCUGGUUUAUUUACAGUAAUUACAUUUCCAUUUCUAUUUGGUGUAAUGUUUGCAGAUAUUGCUCAUGGUUUCUUAUUAUUCUUAUGUGGAUUGUAUGUUAUAUUCUGGAAAUAAUAAUUAAAGAAAUAAACAGAUUCUAUGUUUAAUGCUAUGAUUCCAUUUAGAUAUCUAUUAACUCUUAUGGGAUUAUUUGCAUUUUAUAAUGGAUUAAUUUAUAAUGAUUAUCUCUCAAUAUCUCUAAAUCUAUUUGGCAGUUGUUAUUAUCCUAAAAAUGAUGAAUGGGAAAGGGAAUAAAAUUGUGUAUAUCCAUUUGGUAUUGAUCCCGUUUGGUUGGCAUCUGGAUCAAGUCUAAAUUUUAUGAAUUCAUACAAAAUGAAAUUAUCUGUAAUAUUAGGAGUUACUCAUAUGUUAUUUGGAAUUUUAAUGAAAGGAGUUAAUACUUUAUAUUUUAGAAAUUAUUUAGAUUUCUUUUGUGAAUUCAUUCCUUAAUUAUUAUUUAUGGCUUGCACAUUUGGUUGGAUGGAUUUCCUUAUAAUUAUGAAAUGGUUGACUGUAUAUCCAAAUGGAAAAGAUCCUAGUAUUAUUGAAACAAUGAUUAAUCAAGUACUAAAACCUAUGGAUGAAGCUGUUACUCCUAUAUUUCUAAAUAAUGCUUCUUUAUAAUUAUCUAUUACACAAUUAUUAACAAUAAUUGCAGUAGUUAGUAUUCCAUGGAUGUUGUUUCCAAAACCUUUAAUUUUAGGUUCAGGUCAUAAGAAACAUAAAGUAUAAAUUAAUGAUCCAUAAUAUUAAAAAUUGAUUUCUGAAAAACAAGGAUCUGAACUUGAGAUUGAUCCUUAAUAAUUUAGAAAGGAAUUAUAAAAUGCUGCAUCUAAUAGGAGUUUAGAAUCUUCUGAGUAGGAACACGAUUCAGGGGAAAUAUGGGUACAUUAGAUGAUAGAAACUAUUGAAUUUGUAUUGGGAGGUAUUAGUAAUACUGCAUCAUAUCUUCGUUUAUGGGCAUUAUCUUUAGCUCAUGGAUAAUUAGCAGAAGUAUUUUACGAUAUGUGUAUUGCAGGAAAAUUAGAUAUGGGUGGUAUUGUAGGUGGAUUAAUGAGUGGAUACUUUUAUAUUGUAUUUGCAUUAUUAACAUUUGGAGUGUUGAUGAUGAUGGAUGUAAUGGAAUGUUUUUUACAUGCAUUAAGAUUACAUUGGUAUUAAUUAGUUUCAUUUAUUAAAGGGUUGAAUUUUAGAGUAAAUUUUAUAAAGCUGAUGGGUAUUUGUUCAUUGGAUUUUCUUAUAACAAAAUGUUAUCAGAAAAUAAUCAUAAUUGAC